GUUACUAACGCCAACGGUCUGGCAGCUGGAGAUCUCGAGAGGGGCGUGGGCUGAGAAACUAACGACUCCUUUGGUGUGGGUGCGCCGUUGCGUGGAGAUUGCAACGCGGGGCGGAGUUAGCCUCGAAGGCGUCCAAGGGUGUGCGCGCGCAUGCGCAGUGCAGGAUCUGUGUGACGCGAGGUGGAGAUCAGUCUCGAGUUGGAUCCGGAGCUCGGCGCUGGUUCAUACCGCCACGCCGCCGUGCCGGUGAUGCCGGGCAUGCCGCAUCGCGCUUGCAUGUGCAGUGAGAUGAGUCACAUGGAAGUGAUCGAGCGAGAUGAGUUCCGGGGUCCUGGGGCCUCAUGUUCAGAGCGCCACUGAUGCGCGUGUUGUGUUUCGCCGAGACACGAUAACGCCGAAAUGUCAGGGUUCAGUUGAUUGCACUUCAUGUCGCGACCGGCUUCGGGCAAGGGAGCCCGGGCCAAGGCAGAGGGCAAAAGGGAAAGCGAUGAAGCGCGUCGUCAGAGGGCGCAGGAGGAGGCGGUUGAGGGAGGAGAAGGACGGUACUCCAGGAGUCAGGGCCCCAGGGGGGAAGCAAUGUGCCCAAACCUCCAUGCCGUGUUCCGACCUAAAGGGUAAUAGUGGGGGCUAUUUGGCCAUGGCCCAAAUGGAGGCAUGCUUGCCGAGAGAGGCAACCCGAUCAGAAGCAGGCAUCGUGGCAAGUGGAGGCGGCAACUCACCACACAAGACUAAGGGUCACAGCCUCGCACGAGGUCAGCCAUGGCACAUGGCAGCGGCGCAGAGGCCAAAACACCGAGGAUGCCUAGGGGGAUGCAGGGGAGGAGCAGAGGAUCAGAGGAGGGCGCAGUCAAGGUCGAGGUCCUAAAAGUCGAUCUCAGGGUAGAGCUCAAUCGUCAACAUGCGCGUGAGGGA